AUGGCCAUGACGUGGAGCAAGGAAGAUAAAAGGGGAGCAGGGGAAGCGGUGAAAGCAGCAGGAUUUGUAGGGAUAGGUGUAGCCAGUGCGUUUCUAGGAAUACUCGCGCACAAGGUGUUUAUACGGCGGGUGCGCAAUGUAGACAUGAUCACCGCGUCUAUGAUCGACAAACAGGCGAGGGUGCGUGGGUUGGUUACGCGUGUAGGGGACGGCGACAACUUCCGCUUGUACCACACUCCCCUACUCAGCUUCACACAGCGACGGGCUAUUCUCGGCAGGAAGAUGACGGCGAACGACACCAUACACGUACGUCUGGCUGGCGUGGAUGCACCGGAGACGGCUCAUUUCGGUAAACCUGCCCAACCAUACGCCAACGAAGCGCUCGAGUGGCUCAGGAAGACGAUCACGGGCGAGAAAGUAUCAGUAAAGCUGCUGCGUAAGGAUAGAUAUGGUAGAGUUGUUGGCAACGCGCAGCUACUCGCGAAAUGGUACAGACCGUGGCGGAAGAACGUCUCGAUGGAGCUGACUAAAGCUGGGUAUGGAUCCAUCUAUGCGCAAGAUGACGCAGAAUACGACGGAAUGCUCGAUAGGCUGCGCAAGGUUGAGAGUGACGCGAGACGCAAGAAGAGAGGGAUGUGGAAGCAGAAGAAGGUUGAGCUGCCAGCAGAUUACAAAAGCAAGUAUAGAGGCUGA